AUGGCAGCGAUUUUCGAGCAUACCGAGGCAAUCAGACUCUCUCCCCAGCCCGGGUUCGUCGUCAAAACAAAGAUUGUGGAUGGAAAAGGCGACCACAUCUACUUAACAAAAGUCUUCAUCAAUAUCUGCCAUGAGCCCCGGGUGCCCAAGCCAUCCUUGGACUUCCAACCAGAAGUGGUGUUUCCAUUGAUAGUGCGGAACGAGUGGGAAAUCCCCAUCAUCGUGUCUCUUGAAAAACGUGCAGUCGACAAGAAAGGCGUGCCUUCGUUUGUGUACGACUGCUGUAUAAAUAGCGAGUGUUUCCAGUGGGUCCAGGUGAGUAGGGAUCUUCGCUUGAUCCUUGUAGAAUGGGCUCUAGAGUCCGUGGAAAUGAUGCACGAGCUAGUGCUAGAGAGAGAAUACGCGCUUCCCAAGAUGUUGUGCAAGGGCGAGCUCUCCGAGACAGAAAUCACGGAGGAGGAUCUCAAAAACGGGCUCCAGAAGAAACUACUCGAAUUGAAGCAAAACGAAACCGCGGGUUUGAUCGAGGAGCUUGAGGUGCGCCCAUGGGGCGACGGAGAAGAGGAGGGGGAACAGGAGACUUUGCCUGAUUUGACCAAUAUUGAUGGCAAAAGACAGAAACCAUUGAUUGAGGAGAUAGGCCAGAUGUCUUUGGACGGAGAGCCCAAAGAGAGCCACAUUUUUGCCAGCCAGGUCAGCCAAAGUCUCAACAAAGAUACUCACUGCUCGUCUUCUUCAGAGAGAUCCGUCUCGGAGGUGCUCCGCUACAAAUUCACUUUCAAAAGAGAGCUUCGAGGAAACCAGUGUUUUGUUCUCUUUGAGUCCAGGCAAUUGACCAAGAAUCUUGAAGUUUCGUACCUGAAGGAUCCAGCCGGCACGGGCACAGUCAUAACACUUAGAAACACAGAUUCUUUGCGGGUGCUAGAGAGCCUGAACUAUCUAGAGAUCCCAAUGCCGCAAGGCUACAAGCCAUACCAGUCGUUUCUCUUGGAAAAACACGGACAGCUUUACAUUUUCUGUGCUUCCGAAAAAUAG